GAACCUUAGUCUCAGCGCCACCAUAAUAGACUAUGGAUGACUAAAAAUAGUAGUGUUGAAUGAAGCGCGAAAAUGGCAGUUAGUAUAAUAUUGGCGGAGAAAGAGGGUCAGAUGAGUCAAUAAUUUGGAAACCCUAGUCCUCUGUAGCUUCUAGAAACUCCAUUUUGCUAAAAUACUCACUCAGCUUCAUUGAAAAAAUAUUACUUUCUGCUCUCCUCAGAGCUGGGAACGAAACCUCUCGCACUCUCUCAGGUCACUGUGUUGAUAUACAAACAUGGGGGAUGGUUCAGCGCCUCCAACUGCAUUUCAGAAAAUACAUGGGCAUUCACACCUCUUCUCUCUAAUAUCUCCCCACACGCAUUCUAAGUAUACUGGUUCAUACAACAUGACUGGUGGAUAUGUCAAUGAAAUUCUACGGGGUGCUUGUAUGACUAAUUGCCAAGCCGCUAAUCUGGAAGUCCGUCAAUUGGGAAAUCCUAUUCUCAUACAGGCCCCAUCUGAAGAGAAGAAAGCUAACAGUUUCGUUGUGGAUUUUCUUAUGGGAGGGGUUUCUGCUGCAGUGUCUAAGACAGCUGCAGCUCCAAUUGAGAGAGUCAAGCUUUUGAUUCAGAAUCAGGAUGAGAUGAUAAAGGCUGGUAGACUUUCUGAACCUUAUAAAGGGAUUUCAGACUGCUUUGGUAGAACUAUCAAGGAUGAAGGCGUCCUUGCUCUUUGGAGAGGCAAUACUGCAAAUGUCAUCAGAUACUUCCCCACUCAGGCCUUGAAUUUCGCUUUCAAAGAUUACUUUAAAAGACUCUUUAAUUUCAAGAAAGACAAGGAUGGCUACUGGAAGUGGUUUGCAGGAAACUUGGCAUCUGGUGGUGCUGCUGGUGCCUCAUCCCUUUUAUUUGUGUAUUCUUUGGAUUAUGCAAGAACACGCCUUGCUAAUGAUAAUAAGGCUGCAAAAAAGGGUGGUGAGAGGCAGUUCAAUGGUUUGGUUGACGUUUACAGGAAAACUCUUAAGUCAGAUGGUAUGGGGGGGCUUUACCGUGGAUUCACCAUCUCAUGUGUGGGCAUUAUUGUUUACCGUGGUCUGUACUUUGGAAUGUAUGAUUCACUUAAACCAGUACUUCUAGUCGGUGACAUGCAGGACAGUUUUUUUGCGAGUUUCUUGCUGGGAUGGGGUAUCACUAUUGGUGCUGGUUUGGCUUCUUACCCAAUUGAUACAGUGCGUAGAAGAAUGAUGAUGACUUCUGGAGAAGCAGUCAAGUACAAGGGUUCAAUGGAUGCAUUUUCUCAGAUUGUUAAGAAUGAAGGCACUAAAUCCCUCUUCAAAGGUGCUGGAGCAAACAUUCUACGUGCUGUUGCUGGUGCAGGUGUCCUAGCCGGGUACGAUAAGCUGCAGCUUAUUAUGUUUGGAAAGAAAUAUGGGUCAGGUGGCGGUGGCUAAUCUAAUAUGGUGAUGAAUGAUAAUGACGAAAACUGUCCUUUGGUUGUGUAGAUUUCCUUGAUUGUCCAGUCCUUUUGAAUAAUUUUCCCAAACUAUGUCAUCUCUGGUUGGCAUUCUCUUGAAAGUUUAUUCUGGAACAGUAUUUUCUUGAAGUUUUUCUUGUUUCUAUGGA